AUGAUUGAUUCUGCUAAUAUAAAAUAAACUUCUACAGCUACAACUAGUCCAAUAGAGAGCUAAACUUUAAAUGUAAAUCCUAAAAUAAUUGGUUACCUUACUUAAAUCGAAUGUUGCCAAUAAAAAUUCACUCCCUUGAAAAAAAUACUACCUGUUUCAACCAAACUAUUAAAUUUUCUUUUAGUCAACUUAAUAUCAAGUAUCUCCAUUAUCAUUAUCUAGCUGUUUUGGAAGUAAUUAAAAGAGACUUACCAACGCCUGAUAUAAGGUUAGAUAAGAUUAUGGUUAUUAAAGAUGACUAUGAGAAUGGGAUACCUUACAUCGCAAGUAAACAAGAUGGAACUACAGCGAAAAAUUUCGAAGAAAUCCUAUUGAAAAAUUUUUAAAGCUUAUGUAAUUCUAGCAGUUUAUUAUAGGUAAAUCGCUAGGAUUUGAACAAAAUUUGAUCUAUUGCACUAGUCUUUAUGACUUUUAAUAAUCACUAUUUGGGAAAAUUAGUAUGUAGUAGUGCGCUUUUGAAGAAAACUCUGAAGUGCUUCUAGAAUAUUUAUAAAUUGAAAAAGAAGCUACAAUCUACUACUAGAAAGACUUUACGCAAGUCUUUUUAAUAAAACCUCCAAAAUGGCUUGUCAAAUCUUAAAAUGGAGAUUUUAUUGCAAUCAAGGUAUCUCAGUAAAAUGAAGAAAUUUACGAAUUAAGAGAGAUUACAAUUAUUGAAGAAUUUAACCAUAAACAUCUCCCCUAUUUACACGGGUAUUUAAGAUAUUCCGAUAUCCUUAUUUUGUUUUUGAAGAAGCAUGACAUGACCUUGAGUGGCAUAAUUAAAUCAUUAUAUCUAGGGAGAAAUAAGAACAAGUCAGUUUCAAUUGAAUAGAUUUUAUUAAAGUUAUACAGACAAAUGGUUACAGCCAUCAUCUAUUUACAUUCUAUCGACAUAAUUCACAGAGAUUUAAAACCUGAGAAUAUCAUGUUUGACUUUUAAAGUCCUGUAAAACUUAUGAUCGAGAUUUUGGAUACUCAAGUAACUUGUGUUUUGAUAGACUAUGAUCGAUCAAAAAUGGUAGAGAAUUUAUCGUCAUAAAAAUAAUCUCAUCAUGUGGGUACUCGCUUUUAUAGGCCUCCAGAAGGAGAAUAGAUCAAAUAUUUUCCUAGUUAUGAUAUCUGGUAAUUGGGAUUUAUUUGGUUUGUGACACCAAAAAUUUUCUUAUAGAGUGAGGAUUUUUAAGAUUUAACUCCUAGAUAAAAUGCUAUAUAAUAGAAUAAUAGUUAAAUAUCAAAGUAUAAAGAGGAGAUAAAAAUAAUAGAACAAAAAUUGAAAGAUUCAACUGAAAAAUCUAUUAAUCAGUUAUAAAACAAAAUUAAUCAGUUAUAAAAUAAUAUAAAUGAAAGCACGAAAAUAAAGGAGCAAGUAUAUCAAGAACUAGUCGAAGCAAUUGAAAAAAAAGACAGUUGGUUUACAUAUAGCAAAGAAUUACAGGCUAUAAUCAAAGGAAUGAUCCAAUUUGAACCUCAAAAUAGAACCACUCUUGAUUAGGUACUAAUAUAAUUGGACUAAAUUAUGAAAUGAAAAGGUAAAAACUACGGAAACA